AGUGUUCUGGCAGUAGACGUAGGUAGACAGUAGAGAGUGAUGGCCAAGACUCCAGCAAACAUGCCCUUGGUCACCAAGGUAGAGAUCAGGCUCUCAUGUAAACACCUCAAGAACAAGGAUGUCACUUCCAAGUCCGAUCCUCUUGCAGUAGUCUUCCAACAAGAUUCAAGGAAACAGUGGGUAGAGGUUGGUCGCACAGAACGAAUCAAAAACAAUCUUAAUCCUGUCUUCACACAAGGCAUUUCCAUUGAUUAUUGCUUUGAAGAGGUUCAAAAACUCAGGCUUUGUGUGUAUGACAUUGACAAUGCCUCAGCCGAUCUCAACGAUGAUGACUUCCUUGGAGAAACAGAGGUCACUCUUGGCCAGGUGGUGUCAGCCAAGAAAAGUGAGAGAAACCUGCAAACGAAAAGUGGCAAACAAGCAGGCAAAGGAACCAUUCUAAUAGAUGCAGAGGAGAUAGCAGACAUCAACGAUGCACUUAUUUUGUCAUUCAGAGCUCAUAAUCUCGACAAAAAGGAUGUAAUGGGGAAGUCAGAUCCAUUCUUGGAAUUCUAUAAAGCUGGUCAAAGUCCAGAUGAAUGGCAUAAAGUCCAUGUUACAGAGGUCAUCAAGAACACAUUAAAGCCUACAUGGAAGCCUUUCAAGAUAGACCUCAAAAAGAUCUGCAAUGGGGAUUAUGACAAGAGAAUUAAGGUCAUGUGUUUCGAUCAUGACGAGGGUAGUGCAAACGAUUUGAUAGGGGAAUUCUACACAUCCGCAAGACAAUUUAUUGAAAACGGCAAACGUGAGGUUGAAUGGGAGUGCAUUAACCCAAAGAAGAAAGCAAAGAAGAAGAAUUACCAGAACUCUGGCCUUAUCUUUCUUAAAUCUUGUGAGGUGAAGAGGGUCUACACAUUUUUAGAUUAUAUCUUGGGUGGCUGCCAAAUCAACUUCACAGUGGGUAUCGACUUCACCGGGUCAAACGGUGACCCUAACGAGGAGUCAUCACUACAUUUCAUCAAUUUGGAAUCUCCCAACCAGUACACACAAGCCAUCGUAUCUGUUGGUGAAGUCAUACAAGACUAUGAUAGUGAUAAGUUGUUUCCAGCGUUAGGUUUUGGUGCCAAGAUUCCCCCGAAUGGAACGGUUUCACAUGAAUUCCCUAUCAAUUUCCAGCCAAACAACCCUUUCUGUGCAGGUGUCAGUGGUAUCGUAUCAGCUUACCAGUCGUGUAUUCGGCAAGUAUCGUUGUGGGGUCCUACCAACGUUGCACCAAUCAUCAACCAUGUUGCCAAGUUUGCCCAUGCAGCUUUAAAUGAGAACAAAACAGCAUCGCAAUACUUCAUUCUCCUCCUGCUGACAGACGGUGUCAUAACAGACAUCUACGAGACCAGAGAUGCGGUGGUCAAAGCUUCCCAUCUCCCCAUGUCCAUUAUAAUCGUUGGCAUCGGAGAGGCAGACUUCACUGACAUGAGGAUGCUGGAUGGCGAUGACGGCGUUCUGAAGUCACCGAGUGGAGAGCCAGCAGCAAGGGACAUCGUGCAGUUUGUACCCUUCAGAGAUUUCAAACAGGCCUCUGCUGCUCAGCUAGCCAAAUGCGUUUUGGCGGAGGUACCAAAACAAGUUUCAGAAUACUUUGAAAAGAAGGACCUCUCACCUCCAGUUCUCCACCGAUUAUGAGCAUGGGUGUGCUCUACACCUUCCCAUCAUGCACUGCACCUGUCGAACAAUUUUAUUCACUGUUUAUAUGCUGAUGUCUUCAAAUGAAUUACUGAAAGGGCAGAAUGGAAAUGAAACGUCCUGCAUUCCUCUGUUCUGUAUCUGAUAGCUGCCAACAGUGUAUUUAGUUCAGAUGUUGAAAUCGCUGUAGUUAGUUCAGAUAAUGAAUUCAGUGUCAUUCAAUUGUUGAAAUAACUUAUUUCCAAAUGAUUUUUUUCCAAUUAUUUUAAC